AUGUCGGAAAGUGGGCGUCGACGUCGGCGGCCCGCCGUAUCAUGCACUCUGUGCAGGAGGCGCAAGAUCCGAUGCAAUCGGGCGACUCCAUGCAGUAACUGCUCGCGGUCUAAGAACUCGGUCUGUGUCUAUGACAAUCCUCUGACCCCUCUCCGCUCGGUCCUUGUACCCGGGGAAUCAAUUCUGCAAUCAGUCCCAUCAGACAUUCCUGCCGGGCCGAGUCGCAGCGGAUUGGCAACAUCCCCAUCCAGCCACCAGUCGACGACGUCUCUAGCGCCGGCUUCUACGAGGGCUUCCACGGUCGUCAGUCGGACGUCGACGCAAGAAGUCGAGUUACUCAAGCAGAGAAUUCAAGAACUGGAGAAGCAGAUCCGUGAAGCAUCUGUCCGGCCUGCUCAACCGGUUGUCUCAAUUCCUGAUUCUAACAUUAAGACAACCACGUCUAGCGUGGCCGGGAUCUUCCAUGUCCACCGGGAAAUGGGUCAACCACCGGCCAAGACUCGUAGUACCACGCAUAAGCGGCGCACCUUUGGGCAGACCCACUGGAUCAAUUCAAUCGUUCUGUUCCAAGACAUAUGGGAGACGACCGAGUCGCAACUACGCGAUGAGACAUCGAGCGCCUUCAUCGGCAUGCAGAAGUGCAAAGCCCUAGCUCGAAUCAUCAAGGCACAACGAGCGCCCCCGUGGCCAGCUCAACCGACACACCAUCUUCCGCCCAAAGAUGUAACGGAUGAGCUGGUGGACUGCUAUCUACGGACGACGGAAACCGUCUUUCGUGUUCUCCAUAUCCCUACCUUCAAACGAAACUAUGAAGCACUUUGGGUCUCCAAUGGACAGAUAGACACGGGGUUUUUGGUGCAGCUCAAGCUGGUACUUACAAUUGGCGCAUGCAUAUACGACGAGAAGUACACUCUGCAAGUAUCGGCUCUGCGCUGGGUCUAUGAGGCGGAAACAUGGCUGUCAGAGCCAAAGUUCAAGUCAAGACUCGACAUUCAAUCGUUGCAGACACAUAUUUUGCUUCUGAUUGCCCGCGAGAUAGUUGGCAUUGGGGGAGAUUCGGUCUGGUUCGCGGCGGGAGCCCUGCUCCGAAAGGCAAUAUACCUGGGAUUACACCGGGACCCCUCGCGGCUGCCGGUCGAGAGCACAUAUGUUGCCGAAAUGCGCCGAAGGCUCUGGAACACCAUUCUGGAGAUCACUUUACAGUCAAGUCUUGCGUCCGGCGGACCUCCCUUACUCUCCAUUGACGACUUUGACUCUCAGCCUCCGGCCCAUUUCGACGAUGAUCAGCUUGUAGCCGAGGAUCCUGUACCAAAACCCGACCAUGCAUUUACCCAGACGUCCAUCGCGAUUGCUCUUCGGAAAACGCUUCCCAUUCGCCUCGCAGUGCUCAAAUUUCUGAAUGACCUUGCUUCGUCGGGUACGUAUGAUGAAACCCUUCAGCUAGAUGCAACCCUCCGGGCCUCCUACAAAGAUCUCUGUCGAACUCUCCAGAAAUGCAAUUCAAGCGCUGGACCAUCUCCACCGCGGUUCGCUACUCAUGCGGUUGAUUUGCUCUUGCAUGGUUAUAUUGUCGCCCUCCACUCCCCGUUCUUUGGUCCGGCAAUGCGAGAAACAUCGUACGCAUUCUCCAGGAAGGUUGCCGUGGAGGCGGCUCUUAAAAUUUGGUACCUCGCUUCUCCAGCUUCGAGCGCUCCAUCAAGCCUCGCCCGUCUUCUAACCUGUGGCUCUGGAAUUUUUCGUAUUCUCACCAUCCAAGCCGUGCUUCUUAUCAUUGCCGAGUUUAGAGCAGAAGUACUCGAAGACGACGGGCUAAGUCCCCUCCCGCCACGCUCGGACUUGCUUGCUGUCGUCAAAGCCGCAAAGGAAUGGGUAUUCCGCUGGAUCGAGGCCGGGGCGACGAACAUCAAGGGAUUCGUGCUUACGUCUGCUAUUACUGCACAGAUUGACGGACUCAUGCGUGGCUUUCGUCAAGAAGACCUAUCUACUGUCCUGAUUAAGGCUAUCGAAGACGCAGAAGAAAGAUGUUUACCGGUUCUCGAAAAGAUGGCUGCGGAAGGACAAUCCACGGACAUUCAAGGUGCACUUCUCCAGACGUAUAUGGAUGUACCUCUAGACAUGUCGGAGGACUGGGAUUUUAUGAUGGCAGAUGUCUUCUUCAGCCCUGAAAACAUGGAUCCGAUGGGAGGUGGACUGCGCAGUGGGACUAUGCUUGGGCACUCUAUGUGUUGA